UGUAUUUUCCACUUUAAAAUCGCUUAAAAUGGAAAUUCACCGCGAAAGAAACAGCUGCUGGCGACCAAUGCGUGCAGGAUACGCCAAAAUGAAAACAGUGUUUUUGUUGAUACUUCUGGCACAGCUUCUGGCAUUAAUUUACUUCGUGCUAACCUGGGGUGGAACCAAAUACUCUAAUUUCUUGGAGACACCGAUCCACGGGACCCUUAAAAUCCAUCGAAGAAACUCUGCAUUGACUUCCAGUAUUUUUGAUACGAUAUAUCAAUAUUACCAACGUCUGAUUGAUUUAAACGAUUUUUAUUUCACCAUAAUCAAUCCUGAAGCUUGCAACGCCCCUGUUUUUCUGCUGGUGUUGGUGUCUUCCGCUGCAAACCAUCUGCACCAUAGGCAUAUUAUCCGCACCACCUGGAAACAACAUAGGACCGGUAUAAAGAUUAUCUUUGUAUUGGGCAAAAUACAAGAUAUUAUCCUUCAAAGGGAUAUAAUGAAGGAAAGCGACGUUUACGGAGAUGUCAUCCAGGGGAAUUUCCUGGAUACUUAUCGGAAUUUGACGUACAAAACCAUGUCUGCCUUCAAGUAUAUGCUGUAUCACUGCAAAAAGGCUUCGUAUGUGUUGAAAAUCGAUGACGAUGAUUUUGUAAACAUGCCUUUGUUGCUGAAUUUCCUGAAAAAUGAUUUAUCAGUUUCUGGAACUGAUAAUUUGUUUAUCUGUAACCACUUGACGGGUUAUCGAGUGAACAGGAAUGUUAGUUCCAAAUGGUACGUCUCAGAAAUGGACUUGUCCGAUGAUUUUUAUCCCAGUUACUGUGCUGGAUGGUACGUGCUUCUUUCACCAGAUGUUCUUUUUCGUCUAUACGAAACCACGCAAAAACUGAAGUAUAUAUCGGUCGACGAUGCUUUAAUCUACGGUUAUGCCAGAGAAAAAUGUAACUUAGUCCACACAGACUUUACUAGAUUCACCCGAGAAUACAGUGAACUUGAACUAGGUUUUAAUGGAACUUAUGACUCGCUGCCUUUGCUGUUUGGAGGUCCAAAUAUGAGCUCUGAGCAGAUUAAGAAGUUUUGGCUGUAUUUUCGUAGCAGGCCUGUUUUGAAGUCUCUGAGGGACGAAGAAAAAUCGCGAACAAAGGUUCUCUCAAAAAAUCUCUAA